CAGGAAUCAUGUGACCAGACAAACUGAAACUUAAGUGUGGUUGAGCUGUUGUGUGUUUGUGUCUCUGUAUUCAUGCUGUAAAAUGGCAGAAGCCAGAUUUUCUCAGGAUGAGUUCCUGUGUCCAGUGUGUCUGGAUCUCCUGAAGGAUCCAGUGGCCAUUCCCUGUGGACACAGUUACUGUAAGAGCUGUAUUACAGGCUGCUGGGAUCAGGAGGAUCAGAUGAGAGUCUACAGCUGCCCUCAGUGCAGACAGACCUUCAGUCCAAGACCUGCUUUAGCUAGAAACACCAUGCUGGCUGAAGUGGUGGACAAACUGAAGAAAACCAAACUUCCUGCUGACUGUUACGCUGGAGCUGGAGAUGUGGAGUGUGAUGUUUGUACUGGAAGAAAAUACAAAGCCGUCAAGUCCUGUCUGGUGUGUCUGAACUCUUACUGUCAAACUCACCUUGAACAACAUGAGAGUUGGUUUAAAGGAAAGAGACACAAUUUGACUGAUGCCACUGGACGACUGCAGGAGAUGAUCUGCCACGAACAUGAGAAGCUCCUUGAGGUUUUCUGUCGCACUGAUCAGGAGUUUAUAUGCAUGCUGUGUACGAUGGAUGAACAUAAAAACCACGACAAUGUAUCAGCUGCAGCACAGAGGACAGAGAAACAGAAGCAGCUGAAGGAGAUGCAGAAGACAUUCCAGCAGAGAAUCCAGCAGAGAGAGAAAGAUCUUCAGCAGCUGAGAGAGGCUGUGGAGUCUCAUAAGCGCUCUGCACAGACAGAAGUGGAGGACAGUGAGAGGAUCUUUACUGAGCUCAUCCGCUCCAUUGAGAGAAGCCGCUCUGAGCUGAUACGACUGAUCAGAGAUCAGGAAAAGGCUGCAGUGAGUCGAGCUGAAGGACGACUGGAGCAACUGGAGCAGGAGAUCAAUGAUCUGAGGAGGAGAGACGCUGAGCUGGAGCAGCUUUCACACACACAGGAUCACAUCCAGUUCCUGCAGAGUUUCCAGUCUCUCUCAGCACCUCCUGAAUCUACAGACGUAAAUGACAAUCCCUUCAGUUCUCUCGUCUCUUUUGAUGAUCUGAGAGAAUCUGUCCGUCAGCUGAGAGACAAACUGGAGGAGGAGCUCAAGAAGAUCUCAGACAAAGUCACAUUCACCAACGUUGUUCCCAGGACUAGGAAUGACUUCCUACAAUAUUCCCAUCAGCUCACUCCGGAUUUGAACACAGUAAAUAAAAAAAUCAGUCUGUCUGACAAUAACAGAGUGAUUACUGUCUAUCGCACAGAGACUGAGCCUGAGCCUCAGCAGUAUCCUGAUCAUCCAGACAGAUUUAGUUUCUGGGAGCAGCUGUUGUGCAGAGAGAGUGUGUGUGGACGCUGUUACUGGGAGGUUGAGUGGAGCAGUUUAGUGUUAAUAUCAGUGUCAUAUAAGAGCAUCAGGAGGAUAGGAUUGUGGAAAGAGUGUCAGUUUGGAUGUAACGAUCAGUCCUGGUGUUUGAUCUGCUGUUCGGACAGUUACACAUUCAGACACAAUGACAAAAGGACUGUUUUCUUUGGAAUGCCCAGCAGGUGUCGUAGAGUAGGAGUGUAUGUGGACCACAGUGCAGGAACUCUGUCCUUCUACAGCGUCUCUGACACAAUGAGCCUCAUUCACACAGUCCAGACUACAUUCACUCAGCCGCUCUAUCCUGGGUUCGGGUUUGAAGUUUAUUAUGGAAGAGUUAAACUGUGUUGAUGAAUCAGAAUAGAGUUAUGCGAAAUUCUACCCAAAAUACUUUGACAUCUCACUGUUACUGAUUUAUCAUGUAGUUCAGAGUGACUUCUGAAUGAAUUCAUCAUUUAUGUAGUUGUCAUUUGAUUUACCGUGUAUCCGGAAAGUAUUCACAGCGUUUCACUUUUUCCACAUUUUGUUAAUGUGGAAAAUUCUAUUCUAUUUCAAAUUCUAUUCUAUUUAUUUUAUUAAAAAAAAAAAAAAAAAAAAUCACAUGCACAUAAGUUUUCACAGCCUUUGCCAUGACACUCAAAAUUGAGCUCAGGUGCAUCCUGUUUCCACUGAUCAUCCUUGAUAUGUAGGUGCACUCAUGCCAUACCAGAAUUCCCGUAAUUACGAGAUUCCGACCUGUAAAAACCGUUCACGUCCUUGUAGAACUCGUAAUUACAACUUGUGAACUGGGUGUCUUGUGAGAGCGACGACUUGUACCACAUGACUGCUGUACCAACGUAGGCUCUGUUUAGGCGUUGAACGUCACAUUGUUAUCUUAAAAUUACGGUAAUUACAAUAUGGCGUGAACACAGCAUGUUUCUGCAACUUGAUUGGAGUCCACCUGUGGUAAAUUUAGUUGAUUGGACAUGAUUUGGAAAGACACACACCUGUCUAUAUAAGGUCCCACAGUUAACAGUGCAUGUCAGAGCACAAACCAAGCCAUGAAGUCCAAGGAAUGGUCUAUAGACCUCUGAGAUAGAACUGUAUCAAGACACAGAUCUGGGAAGGGUACAGCACACAGCAAGAGUGGCUAUUAGACAACUCUGUGAGAGUUCCUGAGUGGCCCAGCCACAGCCUGGGAUUGAACCCAAUCAAAUCUUUCUGGAGAAACCUGACAAUGUCCGUCUGUCCCCAUCCAACCUGACAGGGUUUCAGAGCAUGGUUAAUUUCGCCAACAAAAACGAUGACGAAAAAUAUUGGUUAGCAGACAUUUUUUCUGUGACUAAGACGAGACGUUGACGAGCUAAAACUAAUAUCUAAUGAAAAAACUAUGACGAAAUUUAUGAUGUGUCUUCGUUAACAUGACGAGACGGGACCUAGAAUGUUAUUUGAGGACUAUCGGACAAUAAAAAUACAUCCUAUAGGCUAAGUUAACUGUCUUGUCUUUCAAAAUGUGCGUCCCUGUCAUUGGAUCAUAAGGGGCGUUUGCAUAUCUAGUCUCAGUAUGACAGCCGCAGUGGACAGAUAGGCUACCAAAAUGCAAACUAGCGAUCUGAAACAAUGGCCUCACCACCCAAAAGAUUAGGGAUAGGUGACCAGACAUCUCGUUUUUCCUGGGUGUCACAAUUUGUUGUUGAUUAACUUGAAGUUAGCGAAGGCGGAUAGGCAGAAUCGCACUGACAGAAGCACUCUCUCUCGUGUACACUCCACUUCUUCAGUUCUCAGUGCUCAAACACACACAGUAGUCCAAAUGUCUAUCGUGUUGAGUAUCUCACGUAAAUACAGUCAGUUAUAGCAUAAGUAAAUGUAAACAGCUGGGUGAAACCGUGAAAACUGAAUAUGUGUCAGUAUUACAUGCAUUCCAUCUUAAAGGGACAGCAUUCCUAAUUAAAUACUAGAUGUUAAAUAAAUGUAUACAUGUUAAAUAAAUGAAAUCUGAAAAAUGAGUUUAAUUUAUCUCUCUACCCAGAAAUGAAAAUUGUCAUAAUUUAUUCCAGUUUUUCUAAAUUCAGUCCUUGAUUCAAAUGUCUAAUAAGCUUAAUUGAUUUGGUCUAAAUAGAGAAGAAUCAAUGACUAUUUUUGUUUUAAGACUAUAAAAUAGCUACCAAAAUAAAUGCUGGUAACUGCAGUGUGACUAAAAGUAAUGACUAAAAGUUGACAAAAAUAUAAUGACUUUUUGUAGACUAAAACUAGAUUAAAAGUAUGAAAGACUAAAAUGUGACUAAGACUAUUAAUCAUUUUCAUCUCAAAAUAAAGACUAAGACUAAAUCAAAAAUGCCUGUCAAAAUUAACACUGCUUCAGAGGUGAAGAGGUGAGGAGAGGAAUGGCAGAUAAUUACCGAAUUGUGAUAAUCAAAGCUUGUCGCUCUCAGGGGUUGUGUGCGGGAAGGAGGAGCAGGGACGAGGAAAUAAUACAAAACAUGCUUUUAAUAUAAAAAUCCAAAAGGGGAACAGGAACAAACUGUAACAGCAGGAAAACCACACGACGGAAAAAUAACAUAAAGCGACAUUAAAAACGGACAAAGAAACAAGGAGCUGAAUCAAACUUAAAUAGGAGUGCUAAUUGGACAUGGACAGGUGAGAGUAAUUAACCAAUAAAGCCAUAACAAGAAAUGGAACAGGAAAGACCAAAUAAGGGCACAGAGGGAAAAACCAACGAAAACAGUCCACAGGGAUGUGACAGUCGCAUCAUACCCAAAAACAUUUGAGGCUGUAAUUGGUGCCAAAGGUGCUUCAACAAAGUAUUGCGCAAAGGCUAUGAAUACUUACGUACAUGUGAUUUUAUUUCUUUAUUUUUUUUAUUUGUAAUAAAUUUGCAAAGAUUUCACACAAACUACUUUCACAUUGUCAUUAUGGGUAUUGUUUGUAGAAUUUGGAGGAAAAUUUUGAAUUUAAUCCAUUUUGGAAUAAGGCUGUAACAUAAGAAAAUGUGGGAAAAGUGAAGCGCUGUGAAUACUUUCUAUAUGCACUGUAAGUCUGUGGCUUUGCAGUACAACUUGACUUAGAAAUGAAACUGUCAAUGGAAAGGAAAGAAACUAAGUAAAAGAAAAAAUAGUAAAGCAAAAUGAUCAGUUGUUAGAUAACACGAAUGGCUGGCUGGUCUUAUGCCAACUUUUUCUUCUGAGCCUGAAAUGAGUUGAGUUGAGCUCUCAUCUCAUCAUCUGGUCCUGGUUCUGAGCUUUGCUUGAGCUUUGAUGAGCAAGCAUCCAGUCAUCCUUUUCUUUUUCUUUUUUUAAACUUUUUUUUAACCAAUUUGGUAUCAUGGUGUGACUAUUUCUCCUCCCACAUGAUAUAAUCCUAUUUAGUCACAUGGGCUAUUACUUUCCCACUUAUAGCAGAGAACAUUUUAGAAAUACUUUUUAUAAUGUGAAUACAAUACAUUUUUUACCAGCAUCAUUAAAGAAAAAAAAAAAGAGUCAUUCACUCAUACUAAACACGAUACACUUCCAAUAAACCAUUAAAUUGUAGCAAUUGCAUGAAUUAUGUUUGAGCAUGUUAGUCCACAUGUGUAAAUUGCAGACUUGAUAUAUAGUUUGAGAUUUGAUCAUCAUUUGGGGUGAUCUGAACACUAAGUACAUCACCGUUGUAACAGAUGAGGCUUAUAACCAUUAAGCCAUCCACCAAUGGAAGCCCUCUCUUGAAUACUGAUGCACCAUUUCUUCCUGUUCCUACUUCCUGUUUGUCACAUGUAUUUAAGGCCUUGAUGUACCUGUAUUCACUGUUAAGUAUUGUGAGUUUUCCCACAGCCUUACUGAGUGUUUUCAUUACCUGUUGUUUUGAUUCACAUUUCAUGACUAUUGUGCCUGUCUU